UUUUUUUUUUUCUCAAUCUCUCUUUUUCUUUGUUUAGCCUUAACAACAUGGAAACAACUAAUCUCAAAAUGCAUAGAGAAAAAGGAUGCAUUUUGGUACAAAAUGAACAAAUACAUUCAAAACAUAUGGCCAAGGUUCAACCAAUGUUACGCGUGAUUUUCAAGGGACGUACCAAGAAUACAAAUAUUCGCCGGAAGUACACCAAGGUUAAAACGAACAGUGCUAAACUACCACAGAAGCCCUUGGUUCUACUUUGCAGAACUAACAUGAAAAAUUUGGAAUGCAUGCAUGGCGAAUCUUCGCUCCGUCUAGUAUCAACCUCAUCGCAAUCAACAGUGAAAGCAUUAUCAAUUCCAUUGUCGAAAACAACGAAGGAUCAACAGCCACAUACUUCAGUUUAUCCAGUCAGUAUUAACCCUCUUAGUACGUCAAAGAAGAAAGGAAUCAAUAUGUUAUCUAAUAAUUCAAACAGCCAGCAAUGUCAAAGACAGUUGUAUGCAACGAAACAGCAACAACAUCCUCUCACUGCCAUCGAUCCAAACCGAUCAUCUAUAUUCAAGACUAAUGACGAAAAGGAAAAGGAUCAAAUUUCAUCAUCUAUGAAAAGCGAUUUUGCGUAUGUAGAUAUAAUUCGAAAAAAGGAGGAACGAUCUAAAUUACAUGGUGUCACUUGUUCUUGUUGUAUAAAGUAUUUUGAAUCCAUGAAAAAGACAGAAGAAAUGAUCCAAUGUUAUUCAAGACAUCGAGAAAGAUACAAGACGCCAUCUACCCCACCUGAUUUUUGGAACCUUGAUUUCCCGCCUUCCCCAUAGUGAUGACUCUUAUUGAUAUAUAUAUAUAUAUAUAUAUAUAUAUAGUUUUUGUUUAUAUUAGUGUAUUAUAGCAAAUAGUUGUAGCAUA